AUGGCCACACAAACAACGACACAAGAAGGUGCUGCCAUUGUUGUAGGACCCCGAACCCCGGUACUAUGGAGCAAGACGCUGGGAACCCUCAUUAGGGAGCAAGCAGCCAAGCAUGGAGACAAGGAUGCAAUCGUAGUUCCAUGGCAGUCGACACGCAUGUCAUACCGACAAGUUGAAGACCGUAGCAAGUUAGUCGCAACAAGCCUAAUAUCAAUGGGUUUACAGCAUGGUGACGCCAUUGGGGUGAUGGCAGGAAACCGCGUUGAAUACGUUGAAGUCUUCAUGGGCGCCGGCAGAAUAGGCUGCCCAGCUGUAGUGUUGAACAACACGUAUUCCGCAGAGGAACUUCGCCAAGCACUCGCACGAGCCAAUCACUACGUGGGCACAUCGCCAAAGCUCUCGGGGCUUGUUGGCCACAAACUGAUUUGCGACAUGUUGUCUGCUUUGGAGAUGCCCCAAAUGUUGCUGAGGUCAGCAUUCAAACGUACAACCGGCAUGCCCAAGGCAGCCUGUCUCACCCACCACAACAUAAUCAACAACGCCCGAUUCGUUGGGUCCGCCAUGAAACUUACCUCCGAUGAUGUAGUUUGCUGCCCUCCACCUCUAUUCCAUUGCUUUGGACUGGUGAUGGGCCUCCUUGCAAGUUUCUGCUACGGUAGCUCGAUCAUGUUCCCAUCAGACAACUUUAGCGCGGAAUCUACCAUACAUGCUGUCGUCCAGCACAAAGCUACAGCGCUGCUUGGAGUACCCACAAUGUUCAUAUCUGAGCUGGCGGUCGUGAAAGAGAAGGGAUACGAGCUAACAACAAUCCGCACCGGCCUUGCCGCUGGCGCCAUGGUUCCUUCCAAACUUAUGAAAGACAUCCGAGAGCAGAUGAAUAUCGAAGGAAUGCUAAUCGCCUACGGUAUGACCGAAACAAGUCCUGUCACCUUCAUAACCUCUAUAGACGAUAGCCAGGAAAAGCGAUUUACAACCAUAGGACGAGUCUUUCCCCACACUUCAGCGAAGGUGGUCAAUAGUCGGGGAGACGCCUUGCCAUUUGGACAACGGGGAGAGAUCUGCACGUCGGGAUUUGCACUCCAGAAAGGGUACUGGAAAGAUGAAGAAAGGACGAAGCAGGUAAUGAGACCGGAUGAGAACGGGGUCAUUUGGAUGCACACUGGAGAUGAGGGCUUCAUUGGUUCAGAUGGAUAUGGUCGUAUUACAGGUAGAAUCAAGGAUCUUAUCAUCCGAGGCGGCGAAAACAUAUCACCUAGUGAGAUCGAAGAUCGACUCCUGGAACACACAUCUAUCGGGGAGAGCUGCGUCGUUGGUCUUGAGGAUCACAAAUACGGUGAGGUCGUUGCGUGCUUCCUCAGUCAAGCUCGAGGGGCAUCUGAGAGACCAUCAGACGCCAACGUGCGGAGCUGGGUAUCACAAAAGCUUGGACGCGUCAAGGAGCCGCACUACAUCUUCUGGGUCGGGGAUCCUGGUACCGGCAAUGAGAUCCCUAAGACCGGUAGUGGAAAGUAUCAAAAGCAUCUUGUUCGUCGACUUGGAAAUCGGCUGGUCAAGGCGAGACGAAGUUGCUCGAACCCUAAAUUAUAA